GUGAGGACGUGAGUGAGGGAGACUAUUAGCCUCACUUGUUCUCUGAUCGUCCGUCACGCCACACCUGUCUCGCCCUUCCCCAGGAUGCGCUCUCUGGCUGCCGCCCCCGCCGUGGUGCUGCUGCUGGCCCUCACCGUGUGUCCCGCCCAGGCUGGUUUCAUAGAUGACCUUAUAAACCAAGUCAAGUCAAUCUUCCAAACGUACGAGGAGGCGCCCUACGUUGUCGCCGGCACUGGGAAUGGCUACCAAGAGAGAGUGUACUCGAGAACCAAGUGGGUGUGCAAGACUGUGAGUGACAACCCGCGUGUAGGGGAGGACCUCAGUCUGCUCUUCUGGCCCCUAUUCAACUACAUCAACGGCCAGAACAACAGGAACGAAAAGAUCCCAAUGACAGUACCAGUAUCGACAGAGGUCACCAUUCGCAGCCAGACAGACAAGACCUACAAGAUGUGCUUCUACCUGGCCGAGCAGCAGCAGCAGAACCCACCGGAGCCCCUUCCUUCAUCCGGAGUGUUCAUACAAGAUCGUCAAGAGCUGCGUGUGCUGACCAGGACUGUGGGAGGCUACAUGACUUCCGAGGAGAACUGGAUGCAGGAGGCGGGCGAGUUGGCGGCGGUACUGCAAGAGAAUGGAAUUACGGUUAACCUCGCCAAGAUGUACUGGGUUGGUUAUGACUCUCCAAUGAAGUUCUGGGGACGACGCAACGAAAUCUGGUUCCCUGUUGGAAACUAAACAACAACAACGACAACAACAACAACAACAACAACAACAAGAACAGCAACAACAAUGACAACGACAACGACAACAACAACACACACUUUCUUAUACGUAUAAACAAAUCAACAAAAUUCUUAAUCAAUCUACCAAAGAUGAAAAAGAAAAAAAGAAAAGACCAUUUCCUCUACACACACACACACACACACACACACACACAACACACACACACUCAGAAAAACAAAUGACGCAACACCAAAACGCUCGACAGUUCUGCCAACCUAAGCGAUUCGUCACCAAUCAGAGCUGCCAACCCAACACGGGCCAACCACGUGAGAGGAGCCGCCGCGCCAGGGCAGCCAAUCACCUGAAGCGCCACAAAGAUACCCCAUGAUAACGACACUCCUCUUAUCGCAAUAAAUGAUGACACACUGAUCA